GCUGCUUAGUAGGCUACAUGAUGUCGCGAGGUCUAUUCCGGAAGCAGACACUUGAACUAUACUUCUCGGCGGAAGCGUGUCACAACCUAGCCGUCCACCCUUAGCGGAAGUUCGUCACGGCGCAGUUGCCUUCGCACGGCGGAUGUGUGUCGCCGCUUAAGUGACGCUGAGAAGUGCUUGCAGCCUCCGCCGCUGCCUUCUGGUUGAAGCACUAUGGAGGAAGAGAGGAAGAACAACAAACGGUGGUAUUUUACUCGAGAACAGCUGGAAAAUAGCCCAUCCCGUCGUUUUGGCCUGGACCCAGAUAAAGAGCUUUCUCUUCGUCAGCAGGCGGCCAAUCUGCUUCAGGACAUGGGACAACGUCUUAACGUGUCACAAUUGACUAUCAACACUGCUAUAGUAUACAUGCAUCGAUUCUACAUGAUUCAGUCCUUUACACAGUUCCAUCAAAAUUCUGUGGCUCCGGCGGCCUUAUUUCUAGCAGCUAAAGUAGAGGAGCAGCCAAAAAAAUUGGAACACGUCAUCAAGGUAGCACAUGCUUGUCUCCAUCCACAGGAAUCACUUCCCGAUACUAGGAGUGAGGCUUACCUGCAACAAGUUCAAGAUCUGGUGAUAUUAGAAAGCAUAAUUCUGCAGACUUUAGGCUUUGAACUAACAAUUGAUCACCCACAUACACAUGUGGUAAAGUGCACUCAACUUGUUCGAGCAAGCAAGGACUUAGCACAGACUUCUUACUUCAUGGCAACCAACAGCCUGCAUUUGACCACAUUUAGCCUGCAGUACACACCUCCUGUGGUGGCCUGUGUCUGCAUUCAUCUGGCUUGCAAGUGGUCCAACUGGGAGAUCCCAGUCUCAACUGAUGGGAAGCACUGGUGGGAGUAUGUUGACGCCACUGUGACCCUGGAACUUUUAGAUGAACUGACACAUGAGUUUCUACAGAUUCUGGAGAAAACCCCCAACAGGUUCAAACGAAUUCGAAAUUGGAAGGCAUACCAGGCUGCCAAGAAAACAAAAGCAGAUGACCGGGGGGCAGAUACUAACACUUCGGAGCAGACGAUCCUCAAUAUGAUUUCCCAGAGCUCUUCAGAUACAACUAUUGCAGGUUUAAUGAGCAUGUCAACUUCUUCUACCACAAGUGCAGUGCCUUCUCGUCCAUCCACUGAAGAGUCAUCUAACAACUUAAGCAGUGUGGAGAUGUUGCAGGGCGAGCGCUGGCUGUCCUCCCAACCUCCUUUUAAACUAGAAUCUUCUCAGGGUCAUCGGACUAGUGAGAAUGUAGCACUUAUAGGAGUUGAUCAUUCCUUGCAACAGGAUGGUUCAAAUGCAUUUAUUUCUCAGAAGCAGACUAGUAAGAGUGUGCCAUCAGCUAAAGUGUCACUGAAAGAAUACCGUGCAAAGCAUGCAGAAGAGUUGGCUGCCCAGAAGAGGCAACUGGAGAACAUGGAGGCCAAUGUGAAGUCACAGUAUGCAUAUGCUGCUCAGAAUCUCUUAUCUCAACAUGAUGGCCAUUCUUCCGUCAUUCUGAAAAUGCCCAUAGAGGGCUCAGAAAAUCCUGAGCGGCCUUUUCUGGAAAAGCCUGACAAAACAGCUCUCAAAAUGAGAAUUCCAGUGGCAAGUGGAGAUAAAGCUGCCUCUUCAAAACCAGAGGAGAUAAAAAUGCGUAUUAAAGUCCAUGCUGCAGCUGACAAGCACAAUUCUGUAGAUGACAGUAUCACAAAGAACAGAGAGCACAAAGAAAAGCAUAAGACUUACCCAUCUAACCAUCAUCAUCAUCAUAAUCACCACUCACACAAGCAUUCUCACUCACAGCUUCCAGCUGGUACUGGGAACAAACGGCCAGGUGAUCCGAAACAUAGUAGCCAGACAAGCACUUUAGCGCACAAAACCUAUAGCUCGUCUAGUUCGUUCUCUUCUUCCAGUUCUACUCGUAAGAGGGGUCCCCCUGAAGAUACUGGAGGGGCAGUGUUUGAUCAUCCAGCCAAGAUUGCCAAGAGUACCAAGUCCUCUUCCAUAAAUUUCUCCUUCCCUCCUCAUCCAACAAUGGCCCAGUUGCCUGGACAUAGCUCAGACACAAGUGGCCUUCAUUUUUCACAGCCCAGCUGUAAAACUCGAGUUCCUCAUAUGAAACUGGAAAAAGGCCCCACUGGGGCCAAUGGUCACAACACAGCCCAGACAAUAGACUAUCAAGAUACUGUGAAUAUGCUUCAUUCCCUUCUCAGUGCCCAGGGUGUUCAGCCCACUCCACCCCCUGCAUUUGAAUUUGUUCAUUCUUAUGGUGAAUAUAUGAAUCCACGAGCUGGUGGAAUGUCCUCCAGAUCUGGCAACACAGACAAACCCCGGCUACCACCUCUACCUUCAGAACCUCCUCCACCGCUUCCACCCCUUCCUAAGUAAAAAAGAAAAAGAAGAGGAGAAAAAACUUCUUUAAAAACACAUGCUUUUUUUUUUUUUUUUUUUAACUACUGAUUCUGGACUAAGAAAAUUACUUCCCUAAUGAAAUAUGUCUCCCUUCUUGGACUAGGGAAAAAAUUAAUAUUGAGACAUAAGCGGGAAGAUGGUAGAGGGCCUUGGUUACUAUAUCUGCUGCCUCAAAAAUGUAACUAUUUUAUUAUAGUUUUUAUUGGUAUUAGAGACAUGAGAAUAUUGAAGCUGUGAAAGAUUAAGAAUACUUUCUCUAUUCUUGGCCUCUCCACCUCCUAAUUAGGUCGAUUAGAGUUGAUAUCUUCCCUCUUCUUGCCAGGACUGAAAUAUGGAGGGUUUGUUUUUAUCAAACAGUUGUGGAUCCUUUUGGUGUUUAAUAUAUCAGAAGAGAGGAAGUAUUUAAACGUCAAAAAUUUUUAAGAGACUUAAAAAUAAUUUAAAGAAAGUAAGUUAUCUGUUUAGUUUUUUUUAUAUAAUUGGGGAGGGGAUAGGGAUUUUGCUGUGUGUAUGAGAUACAUAGCAGUGAGUCCUGGGGGGUGGGAUUGGAGGGUGGGGGAUAUGUAGAAGGGAUGGGAGGGUAGGCUUUUGGCCAUGAGUUCUGAGAUAGACUCUGGCCACUUGAAGUAUUGAGACCUUUAAGUGUGUAUGUAAGUGUGGGUAUGUAUGUUUUUAAGUGCGUGUGUUUAAAAAUCAUGUUUUAUCUUUCCCUCCCUGUCCCUCACCAUUUUCACUUCCCAACAGUCUACUAGAGAGAACACGGUGUGGCCUUUAGAACAUGAAGGAAGAGGCAUGCAUUCAACAUGGUAUUUCUCCCUUUCUUUAUGUUGUAAUUGAGUGGUAGCCUUCUAAAUUCUAGUUUGGGCAAGUGCAGCCAAUGGCCUGACUCUGGACUCUAUUAUAAACACUUCCUUUUUUACCCCUUUUUCCCUUUUGAUGUAGAACAAAGGUGGGGUUGAGGAAAAAGGGUUAGAGAGCAAGGCUGGCUUCUGCCCUACAGAAUUAGGUGUGUCUUCUUUUCAGGUUGGGCUUUGGGAAAGUGUUCAAGUGAGAGCAGUCUCAAGGUCUCUGCCUGUGAAAGUCCAGACCAUGUCUCAGAAUAGUUCUGGGAGAAGCCAUUGAGCUAGAGGAUCCUGAAAACAAUGAAAUUGUGAUUGGGGAUUUUUAGGACAUUGUAUUUUAAGUUAUAUUAUAAAUGUGAGACUUGCUUUUUAUCUGUAUAUCUGAAGAGAAACAGCUGCAUCCUUAAUUUUUGCAGCCUAUAUAGCUUCAGAGAUUGGAGCUUGUGGAUUUAACAGUACUUGUGCCAUUAGGGUUAGCAAACCUAGCCUACAGAUAUUGUUGAGUGUCCAUUUUUGGUGGCUUUAGACUCUAGGCAGAAGGUUCUUCAGGAGAUUUCUAAGGAUCCUUUUAAAAAAAAUGGAUCAGGUAUCCUGUUAGGGUACUUGAUUAUCCCAUAUUUUAGGAGUUAACAUUUUAGUUGAGGAAAGGAAUCUUUUAAGGAGCUAGAAAAAUUCUAAGCCAAGUUGUCUAACUGAAAAUGCCACCUAGCCAUGGAUCAUUUGAUGUGAUAUUGUUUGGUCUUCAUGGCAUUUUUUGCUAUGGAAAAAAUGAUGCAGUUUGAAUUUGUCUUGUUUUUAAUGUAGCUUCCUUCACAGUAAAUAUUUUUACGGACAAAUUGAAAUUUUUUUCAUUGGAAGUCAUAGGGAGACAGGAGUUAUACAUUUGCUGCUGCUUGCCAUCAACAAAUUGGAGAGAACACUGAAGCAGUUGGAAUUGAUGAUGCACUGGCCUAAUAUAGGAAAGAAUCUGUACAAUAAACCUUAACUGAAAGUGAAUUAGUGUCUAGCAUCUUUGCAUAUUUGAACUGUCUGGAGUGCCUGUCAUUGCUGUGUAAAAUGAGCUCUCUGCCAGCCUAUAAACUAGUGUUAUUUUUGACUUGGAAUGUCAUUUCACUUUUAUAGAUGACAUUUUCCUCUUCUUGAUAGUUUGUGUUGUGCUAGAUAAUUGGUAGUUGUGUGGUGUCUUUACUAAAUAUAGCCUUUCUGUUUAGAUUUUGUUUGGUGAAGUCUGCUCUCCUUCUUGACCUUUAGUUUGCAUCUGUAUCUUUGUAGAAUUGAUGAUCACUGAUUUGAUUAUGAAAAUGUCUUCCAGCUUUUAAUUUUUCUCAUCAGAAGUCACAUUUUCUAAUCACAUGCACUCCCUCACCACAGAGACAUACAUAUCCACUUGGCCUAAUUAGCAGUUCUCCAUGAUAGUCUGUAGUUAGUUCCUUAGAACUCUGUCAGGAGUGAACUUAGAAAAAAGUGCUUACUAGAGCCUAGAGCCUAAGACCUGCUUUAUACUGUGUAGUCUGCCUGUAUACUAGAAGAUCAUUCUAGUAUAGAUCAGUUUAAAGACUUUUCUAUAUUAAGGCUUCUUGAUACUGUUUUAAGGUAUCUGCAGUGUCUGCUUUUAGAUCUGUGCAUACUUCAUGAACUCAUGGUCUCUGCAUGAAAGCUGCUGCAUUGUCUUUGGGUUAGCAGAUGUGCCUGUCAGUAGCAUGCAUAUUGUCCAAAUUCCCAUAAACUUAGGCUUCAAAGGGUUGUGUGGUUUCUAAACUGUGUCUUCUCUACUCUCACUUUCAAAGAGUGAGAAAUGGGGUUUAUAUACCCAAAGUUCAUCUAGUAAACAUGGCUUUUUCCCCUCCUUUUAACCUAGACUAUCAAGGAUAAAUGGUAGUAAGCAGGCCUGGAGCCUCAAGUUCGGUAAAACUAAUUCCUAAACUUUGUUUGAAUCUCAUGUUCACAAAAACAAAUACCUGUGGAUUGUCUUUAGGGUUUUUAAUCAGACACCCGUGUUGCUCUUAUCUGAACUCUAGUGAAGCAUUAAUCUAAAGCUAAAUUGGUCUUCUGCAGUAUCAGUUAUGCUUUUUGGGUUUAGAAAAUACAUGGAAUUAGUUUAGUCUUCUCACUUAGGAAUCAGUGUGUUUCCAUACCUGAGAUCCUCAGCUUGCUUUUUUUUCCCAAAAAAAAAAAAAUGAUUUUAGUGUUUUGAUUUACUGCAUCCUUUUUCAUAGUUCUGUAUUAUUGGCUUCACUAGUGUUGAUAUAAAAAAAUUUUAAAUCUCCAGUUAGAAACAGCAGUGGAUUAGGAUAUAGGAAUAAAAUCAUGGUAACAAUAGUGCGGGAUUUCCUUAAGCCUCUGCUACCUAAUUCCCCAUAUUGAAAAUGCAUACGCCUCAUACCUUGCUUCUGGUCAAAGGCAAUCAGAGGGGUCUUAUCCCAGCCUGGUUGAAUUUUAAACAUCUGUGUUGCCCACAGAAACAUAGGAACUGUGGGAACUUGGGAAAUGAUUACUUUUUAAAAAGGAUUAUUCUUUUUUUAUUAGUUACUUAAUAUGCUAGGAAAAGAGAUUCUAGAACAGCUUGAAGUUGGAAUACAAAUAUUCUCUUGGGUUUGGGAGAAUUUAAGCAGUCUAUGCAACCUUUCACAUGGUGAGAAAUAAGCCCUCCACAGUCUCCCUAAGCUUUUAGUGACUUUGAUACCUCCCCCAAAUUUCUCAUGUUGCUGCUUGUUAACACCCAGCUUUUAAUGAGUAUUCGCUCCUGAUGGUUUAAGAAAUGUUCAUGUGGUAUCACAUUAUCAAGUUUUGUCUUUUAUCUCUCUGCGGAUGUGGGUUUGAAACAAGUAUGGUACUGUAAUCCUAUCUAAUACAAUGGUCUAGAAUAAUAAUUAUUUUUUAGUCGGAGACCCAUUUUAAUAUUUCUGGUUUUUCAUAUGAACUUGGCAUUGGAAAAGGGAGGGAAAGAAAAUGUUUACUAAAAAGCAGUGUCUACUCUUCCCCUUUAUGAGUGUGUAUUCAUGGUUGAAUGAAAAGAACAGAAAGACCCUUGGGUUUUCUGUUGCCAUGUUAAGUGUGGAGAGGGAUGCUUGACAGCAUGCUAAUUGAAGCCAGAGCAAGUGUGUCUCCAGGUUAUCAGGAAGUCUUCAUUUUAAAGCUGAAGACCUGACUGAUUCGUGGCUGAUAACACUGGAAUUGAUUAGAAGAUGGAGGUGAUGGCUGGGUUAAGCACCCAAAGAGAAGAAUGCAGCAGCCUAACUUAGUGUUAACCUAGGUUUCUGGAUUUGAAACUGACCUUUCCCCUAAAAUUGUCCGUUUUCUUAUCAGACCAAAGAGCAAAGAACAACAACAACAAAAAAAACACUUUACCAAUCUAUGUCACUCAGGUACAAUUUUGUGGUGAUAUUUUUUGUCCAUUUUCUUUGUAUUGCUCUUAAGAGUCCUUUCUCAGCAUAUUAUUCUGCUGUUGCCUCUGUCCUCCUUGGGGCAUCUCAGUUCUGGAUGCUGCCCCUAGUAUCUCUACUGCUGUUAUGUGAAUGAUAGGAUGUAAAUGACCAUUACAGUAAGGGCUCUUUGUAAAAAAAAUUAAAUUUUUAAAAAAAUUUUUAAAAAGAUGUAUACAUUUUAUAGUCUGGCUAUCAGUUUGAUAUCUUGCUGUCAAGUAUGUUUCUCAAUCUGUAUUUAUCCAUCCCAUCAAUAAAUGUCAAUUAUAAAACA